AUGACACUCCAAAAGAGCGUCUUCAUGGCGUUUGGAGACAAAGCGAUAUUUGGGCCGAACAAGGACGUCAGAGAAAUUGGUAUUGGGAAUAAUCAUAACACAGAGGUUCGGUUUUACGAAUUGUUGAGGAAGUAUGAGGUCACAGACAUUCCAACACCAAAGGUCUACUUCACUCGGGAGUUUAUAGAAGGAAACACGAUAAAUGGUCACUUGAUAAUGGAGUACAUCGCCGACGGCACAGUACUUCACCUUCUCAACAAUGUCACGCCAGAACACAUGGCAAAGGCACCAGGCCAAUUCAUCGAGAAGUUGUGCCAGUUCGGAGGAGAUCGAUUCAGGGAUAAAGUCGAUCAAAUGAAAGAGGCUAUUCCCGAAAUUGUCGAUGCGAAAAUUGUGGAGGAAAUAACGAAAUCACUG